AUGGCCCGCGAGUCAGUGUCACUGCAAUACUUGCCACCGAACUUGGAGCGCGUGGCGAGGGAGAAGCUGGAUCGUGGGGCGCAGCAGGUGACCUUUUUGCUCUUCACCGUCGACAAAGACGCGGCUUGCGACAUCAUCCGCCAGAUCGACACCGAUAGUGAGAUUCGCAAGCCGUCCGCCUGGGUCACCACAAGCUUGCUCGAGACAGAGGACACCCUGCCGAUGACUUUGGGCAGGACUGGUGGCGGCGACCAGGGUGGUGAGCCAGACACGCCGCCUGAAGUUACAGUGUCAGGCGAAGAUCAGCCAACAGAUCCAUCAGAAGAUCCACCACCUCAGCCUGGACCUACAGCAGCCCCCACAGUGUCACAGGAUCCACCGGCAGCUACAGUGUCAAAGCAAGAUCCGCCGCCUGAGCCUGGACAUCCGCCACGUGAGCCUCGACCUACACCAGUGUCACGAGAAGAUCCACCACCUCAGCCAGCAGCCCCAACAGUGUCACAGGAUCCACCGGCAGAAGACUGGCCAGGCUGGCAGAACUGGCAGGGAUGGCGAGGUGGCUGGCCGAGUGAGGGCCGUCGUCAGUGGGCUUGGCAGGCGUCUGGCCAGACGACAUGGACACAGACGACGUGGACUCAGCAGCAAUGGCAAGCACCAAGCUCGUCAACAGACAUGAUGCCGGCACGUCCACCAGUGUCAAAUCGGCGGCAGAAGCCGGAUCAUGCCAACCAGGUGUUCAAUGUCGUCGCCGAAAUGUGCAGAGACUUGAAUCUGGGAGCGGAUGCGCAGAGGGCGGUGAAGACCUUACUUGACUUCAACCGCGAUGGGCGGUUGCGCCUCUGCCUGAUCUUAUUUCAGGCCAACCAGGCCAGGGCGACACAGUCGCACCGCUCGCUCGACGCGUGGGUUCUGGCGCGUGUGAAUGAAUCCAUCGAGUUCCUGAGGAGCCAGUCUCAGUAG